UUUUCAAACGUCAAUGUCAAAAGCAAAGUCAAACAAGUGUGCGUGCGUGCAUUAGUUUGCGGUCAAGUGGUUUUAGUUUCUUCUACAAAGUUAUGUUAAUUUAAUUGCAACAUGUUUUAACCCACGACUAGUUUCACAUAGUUCAUCAACAAUGGACGGCGCUUACGACGAGAUUCUUUCGGACAAUCCAUUUUUCGUGGAACUCAAAAAUGAAUACACGAAUUUAUUUCAACACUGUAUCACUCAGUCAUGGAUUAUAUGUGUGCCUCGCAUCGGUAGUCUGAAUACUCGCGUGUUCACCGUGGAAGACUUCUGCGCCCACGUCCUCGUGCCGAGCGACGAGCUACCGGAGACACACUACAGCACACUCACUGAGAAGCAAGUGACAAUCGCCAAUAAGGUAAUAACUCUUGAAGUCACCAAAGGCCUGCCUCUUCAGAGCCACAUUCUGUUCGAAGAAACAUUCUACACUGAAGAUUACAUCAAGUACAAGGUAUGGUGCAUAGAAACACCCCUUGAACCAACCACCAACAUUAGUGACAAUGCUUUGACUAAAGAAUACCUUUUAACUAUUAAUGACUGCAUAGAUUUGCUAUGGACACAAGCCGCAGGUCGUCAGGUACUUGACCAAAUAGAGCACUGUGUUCAGACAUUCUUGAAGAAGAACCCUACAAUGCCCAUAGGCAUAGGUCCGCUGAAGGAUGCAGUUAGUGAGCUGUACACUCAAUGUCUUCAAAUAGCUUUCCAAAACCGCAGGCUCAGGGAGAAAUCAAAGGCUUGUAAACAAAUACUAGAGAAUAUAAAACUUGCUGUAGAGUCCUACAUGCAACAUCUAUUGUUUGAUUUUAUAUUCAAGCCUAUAUGCACCAGCUGUGCUUACGAAGAUUCUCAUCUGAACAAGAAGAUUAGAAACAUGUCUGACAUUCAACUAAGAGAUUUGGAUAUCAAGAAAGAUUUAUUCCAUGCUGUGCCAAAAGCAAAACAAAUUCUUUCUAAGAUAGAUUCUUAUGACACUGUUUUAGAAAAGAUCUUGUGUUUAAAGCAGGCCUUGAACGCAAUCAAUAAAAAAGACAACAGUAAUAAUGUAGUAUUAUUGACAGCCGAUGACUUGCUGCCAGUAUUUGUUUUCCUAGUCAUCAAGUCUGGACUGCCAAACUGGUUUAGCCAGUUGACUUACUUGAAGGAAUUCCGCUUCAGUGGAGUAGGUAAAGGCGAUGCUGAUGAAAGUUCUUUCCUGAUAACUACAUUAGAAGCAGUCAUUGAACACAUUCAAUCAGGUGCUUUAGCCGGCCCUCCCAACCCUGAAUCUUACUAUUAUGAAAGCAAUCUUACUGAGGAAAAUCUUCAGAAUGGCAACCAAAGGAAAAGCAGCCUUACAGAAUCAAUUUCCACUUCAGACACAAACAGUAAAGAAGAAACCUUAGAUUACAUAUUUGAAUUGAUCAAAGCAAACCAAAGUGAACAAGUGAGCUCCAUAUUUUUGAGAAAUCAAAAGCACAUUGAGAGCAUUCAACAAAACGAAAAUAAUGUUCUUGCCAAUGAUGAUGAUUCAUCAGAUGAUGAUGAUAACAUUGAAGCUGAGAUUUACCAUAAACUUUGUCAUCCUUUGUGUAACUGUAAGAAGUGUUGUUCUAAAAUAUCAAGAAGUUUGCUGAGGAAUUCUCCAACAGUAACUUCUAGGGACAGUCAUGGUCUCACAGCUCUGCAUGUUGCCUGCAUUUAUGGCAAAGCUACCAUUGUCGAGUCACUUAUUGAAAUGGGUACUGACAUCAAUGCUACAGAUCUCAAUGAAUACACUCCUCUACAUUAUGCUGCUUCUAGGGGCCACCAAAAUGCACUCCUACUUCUCUUACAUUCUGGGGCAAAUGUCAAUCAGGUCAAUAUAGAUAAAAAUACCCCCUUACAUUUGUCUGUCAACAAUGGUCAUUUGAAUUGCGUCAAAGCACUAGUUUACUAUGCAGAGCACAGUAGAAAGCAUAUGAACAUAAAUUGUAAGAAUCAGAGCGGAAACACGCCUCUGCAUUUAGCUUCUAAGUGGGGAUAUGAAGGUAUAGUACGCUUGUUAAUAGAGAAUGGCGCCGAACCAUCUUUGCAGAAUAGAUCCAACAAAACUGCAUUUGAGUAUGCCCACAAUUUAAGAAUACUUCAAGUUUUAAAAUCCUGCACUCCCAAUUUAUAUGAAUUCAUACACAUAACCACCUCAGAUGUGAAAGUAUUAAAUUGCAAGCCUGAGAAUUCUAUAACAGCUAAGUUAAACAAGCUGCAUAUCAAAAACAAUGAUCCUAACAAUGCAUCAAAGACUGUUGAGAAUUUGAAAACAAUUGACAGAAUAUUGAAAGCAAUAUCUUACGGUGACAUUAAGCUUGCUUGCUUUUAUAUGAAUAUUGAUUAUUCGGCUUAUGUAGAUAUUAAUGACCAACAAAAUGGUGCAGCUUGCCAUCCUCUUUGUGAGUGCCAAAGUUGUACAAAAAAGACUGAAAAACAUUCCUCAGACUAUGACGUAAAUUUUGCGGAUUCCAAUGGUUUCACCGCUUUACAUUACGCGUCUCAUUAUGGUUUGGAUGUUUUGUGCAAUAUUUUGAUAUUAAACAAAGCUAAUGUUAAUUAUAGCAACAAGAAAGGUCAGACGGCGCUACAUCUAGCAGCCUUGAAUAAUAAAAUAAAUGUUAUUCGUUUAUUACUCGACAAUGGCGCUAAUGUAAAUGCUAUAGAUUCUACGGGCAAUACGCCUCUACAUAAUGCUAGUGACGUAGGCAAUAUUGGUGCUGCCAAAGUAUUGAUAAACUACAAUCCUGACAUAACCAUGGUAAACGGGUCAGAAAAGUCAGCCUUAGACAUAGCCAAAGAUAAGGUUCAUUUAACUAUUAUUGACUUGAUAGAAAAAUAUGCAUCUAGAAUGUAGCAUGUGUGCAAUAUAUUUUGAUAAGGAUGUAAGCGUAAAUAAUAAACUAUAGAGAGUAUUGGACUAUAUUUACGUACUAUGACGUCUUUGAUAGCUUAUAUUUUGUUGGGCACUAUAAGAGAAAAUAAAUAUAACUUUCUUGGAACUGACAUGUCUGAUAUUACAUUCACGUCACAAUACAAUGUUUCAUUCCGUAAAUAUCGUGUUAUUGAUAAUGAUAAUAAUCAAUUAUAUAUCUGCCUUGUUUAGUUUUAAGAUUUGUUUGACUUUGUACUGAACAUGCACAAAACACACUGGGGCUUAUGUUUGUCUUGUCUAUAUUUGUGUUUGUAUGUGUGAUUGGGACCAUUUACACGUUUUAUUCACCGAAUUUACUUCACCAAACAUUAUGUGCCAUAUGUGAAGGGUACUUACUUUCAACACUGCCUGUUUUCGUUUAUAACUUUAUAAGACUGAAUGAUUUUUCUUUGUUUUUUAUAUGUUUUUUUAUAGAAUAUGCGACAUACAUAAAUGAACAUAUCAUUAUAUUUUCAUGUAUUUUGUCAAUAAAAUCAAAUAUUUAACAGA